AUGUCAACUAAUAGUGAUCAGAGUGCAAAGGGCAAUGUUAAUAAACAAGUGCCAAAAAAACAGACUAAUAAACAAAAGCAGACUAAAAAAGUCGAGGCUGCAAUUGAAGGCGCCGCACAGAUUGGCAUUGAAGUGCGAAAGGAGGCAGAUUUCUCGACGUGGUAUCAACAGGUCUUGACACGUUCAGAAAUGUUAGACUAUUAUGAUGUUUCUGGAUGUUACAUUAUUAGACCGUUGGCAUAUAAUAUCUGGCAAGAAGUUCAAAAUUAUUUCGAUGCAGCAAUCAAAGAACUUGGUGUAGAAGACACUUACUUCCCCAUGUUUGUCUCACAACGGGUACUAGAAAAAGAAAAAGCACAUAUUGAAGGAUUCGCACCAGAAGUCGCAUGGGUCACAAAAGCUGGAUCUUCCGAUCUGGAAGAACCAAUUGCGAUAAGGCCUACCUCGGAAACUGUCAUGUACCCAUACUUUGCCAAGUGGAUUAGGAGUCAUCGUGAUUUGCCAUUGAAAUUGAAUCAAUGGUGUAAUGUGGUUCGAUGGGAAUUCAAGAAUCCUCAACCUUUUCUUCGAACUCGUGAAUUUCUGUGGCAAGAAGGCCACACAGCACACUUCUCAAAAGAAGAAGCAGACACAGAAGUACUUCAAAUCCUCGAAUUAUAUCGUCAAGUAUACGAAGAUUUACUAGCAGUCCCGGUAAUAAGAGGGAUAAAAUCCGAAAAGGAAAAAUUCGCCGGUGGUCUCUACACGACCACAAUCGAAGGUUUCAUCCCGACCACCGGCCGAGGAAUUCAAGCGGCCACCUCUCACUGUCUCGGACAAAACUUUUCAAAAAUGUUUGAUAUUACGAUAGAAGACCCGAACGCGCCUGCCGCUUCUAAUGCCGCGAAAAUGCACGUUAUUGUUAUUCCGCUUGGUUUGACUGCAAAGACCACUGAGGAGGAACGAAAAAAAGUCGAGAAUAAAGUUAAUGAAGUGGUGGGAGAGUUGAAGUCUAUUGGGGUUAGGGCAAAGGCUGAUCUGCGGGACAACUAUACCCCGGGAUAUAAAUUUAAUCAUUGGGAAUUGAGAGGAGUCCCCUUACGCCUGGAAAUUGGACCGCGAGAUCUCACCAAUCAACAAACACUAUCAGUAAGGCGUGACAACGGGGUCAAAGAGCCUAUUCCACUCGUCGAUCUAAAAACACGUGUUCCGAAAAUGCUUGACCUUAUUCAGAAAGAAAUGUUUGAGCGUGCCAAAAAAGUGUACGAUGAACACGUGAAAAUAGUGCUGAAAUGGGAAGAUUUCGUGCCAGUUUUGGAUAAUAAGAACUUUGUUCUUACUCCUUGGUGCGAGGAAGAGAAAUGUGAGGAUGCGAUCAAGGAACGAAGUGCUAGAACAAAUACAGAACAAGAGCCUCAAGAUGAAAAAGCGCCAUCCAUGGGCGCAAAAUCAUUGUGCAUUCCUUUCGAUCAACCAAAAGAGCCUGCACUGGUUCCAGGCGAAACAAAAUGUGUAAAUUGUGGUCAAGACGCUAAGCGCUAUGGGUUAUUUGGAAGGAGUUAUUAG